AAAUGAUUAAGGACAAAAGCAUGUCUUAUUGCCAUUAUGGAACCAGCUAUUGAAUGGACUAGUUUGUGAAGCGAUUAAAAGAGUUUGAAGAAUACCAGAUAUGUCAUUGACUGUGACGAAAAGGUAGAUGAAGUAUGCGGCGUGUAUAAAAAUUCAUAAACUUGAACGCACUCAAGGAUUUUAACAGAGUGAAAUGACAUCUUGGAGCGAAAACUAGCAGAGAGGAUAGUAGUUUAGUCAUGAAUAAAACUUUUUGAAGCAUGUCUGUAUUCUUGGAUUAUCUUCCACUGGAUUAGUAGCUGAUUAGAACUUUAAUGUUAUCCAUUCUUUGAUCUUUUGAUUGAAGAUUUCAUACAUCAAACGUGUAAAAAAAACUAAAAUAAGAUAAUGUCUGAAAACGUGCAAUUAGUAAACAUUAAGCAGACGGCUUCAACAAAUGGCAGACCGAACGCAAACGGAAGUGCUAAUAAGGCGUUCUUCUUUGGAUUUCCCGGUUCGGGUUCUGCGACCACCCAGGGGCCGGGGGAUUCGCCGGGGGUCAGACAACAGAAUGGUUUCAUCGCCAAUAGAGAAUAUGGAGACUUUGAUACUAACCCCUCGCCAACGCGGGCGAACGAAGCCCCGGCAAUGCCCGCUCAGCCUCCCCGCCAACAACCUAGGAGCAGACCUACCAGCUCCAGACCGGCGGAGAAGUUCAUCCCAGAGCACGAAAUUGAGAUACCCGGAAACGGAAGUCUGCAUGACUUCACCGCAGACGACAUGUCUACGUUCUUACGUUACCUUGGCGUCGACGAACGUAUAGUGGCGCACGUGCAUAAGAAGGGACUCGACGGUUACAAGUUUUCAAAGCUCAAAGACUCCGAUCUGGAAGUAUUAGGGAUGAAAAACCCCGUCAUUUGUCAUUUUCGAGACCGAAGCAUUAAAGAAAAAGGCGGGAAAAAGAAGUUACCAUUUAUGUUGUGAUAGAAUUAUGUUUUUGAGUGAUAUUUGAAGAAAUUAAAGUGUUCUAUAUUGGUGAUAAUUGAAGAAACUAUAGUGUUUUGUUUACUGAAGAAACUAUAGUGUUCUUUAUUGUAUGUUAAUACCUACAAAUAUUAUGUUCUUUCACUUCAAAGACAUGAUGGGACGAAGCGAUAUUAGUUUUUGACUAUUAAAGUGUCCAGAGUUGAUGGCGGAGAGAUUUAUUUGCUAUAUGCUCAAUUAAGUAUUUUUCUGUCAAAUUUCACAUGUAUGCAAAAGUGCUUAUAACCAAAUAAGUCAAUUACGGUAUAUACAUGGCCACACCCCGUCAGGUUUAAAAGUACGGAUUUACUGUUUUGGAAACUACUAAGUUUCCAGUCAUCAUUCCUAUACGAAAUGUGUAUUAAAUGCAAUCAGUCCAAACGCAUUUAUUAGGUUGUCUAUUUUAGAGUCGAGGUAUUAUCAUAGCCUUGUGGUCGUCAUCAUCGGCGUCGUCGCCGUUGUCGAUGUUUAAACGGUCCAAGAUAUUCAAACGAAACUUGGUACACCUGUUAAGAGACAAAAUGCACGUUUAUAUUUUAAGGCCAACAACUCCGACUUUAAUUUAGUGUCGACUUAUGCCCCUUGUUAAGACUGGAUUUUUGUUGUAUAAAAAACAACAGACGCGCGUUGGCGACCACUCGGCAGCGUUUUUAUUUAAUUUACAUAGAUACACGUUGUUCAGGGAUACUCUUCCUGCUAUGUAUACUAUAGUCGAACCCCGAUGGCUCGAACUCAUUGGGACCGCCAAAAAUACCUCGAGCCUCGGAAAAUUCGAGCCAAGCGGGAAAACUUACGUUCAGUGAAAAGACAUCGAUCUUUUACAUUCAAUUCGAGUCAGCGAGGAAUUCGAGCCAAGCGAGUUCGACCCAACGGUGUUCGACUGUAUAUACUUAAGUAUGUCUACUAUGUAUAACAUAGAUAAACGUUGUUCGUGGUCCUCUAUGUGUACUUUAUACUAAAAUGCAUUUAUGGCUAAAUUUUCUAAUUUUGUACAUACAUGUAAUAAAUUUUGUUGCAUAAUGAGGAUGAUUUAUACUAUUACAUUAUAAUGUUAGUGAUAUCAAUACGUUUCAAUUGUUAUUAACACAGUUUUAUCCUUACAAAUAAAAAGGGGCGUCUAUCAUGAUAAGGAUGAGAUAAUUUGAUUAAUACAACCCCACAUUUAAGAUAACCAAUUAGAUAUUUUGAUAAAAAAACAUUCUUUUUUCUUCCUGGAACACAAAUGUAUACCUAAAUUAUGUGUUUGACAAUAAUGCCAGACGUUAUGGAAUACGACUUUUGUACAGUAAGUUAAAAAUAACUGUUUUUGUAACCUAUUCUAUUAUAUAAUAUACCUUUUUGAAGGUUGAAUUUAAUGUUACGGUCAGUAACUGUGUUCAAAGCGGUCAAAUUCUUUUGUGCUGUUUGUUUUGCAUAUUUGUAAAAUACAGUUCAUAUAUGUAUAUAUACAGAUGUUGCAUUUAAUACAAAACAAAAUGAUGUUGUGAAAAGUUGUGUUGCAUAUUAAUGCAUUUAUAGAUAUAUACAUUAUUAUUAUAAAUUACUUACAAAAUUAUUUAAUAAAUUGAUAAUAACA